AUGGUCCCUGCCAGCGUGGAGUUCUCAGUCUACUGGGGGUGGGGUGUGGACCCAUUUCCUCAGGGUGCAUGCCUACUCAUCCCAACUCUUCUCCCUUGUUUUGUUUCCACAUCAGAAUAUGCCACCAACAACCCUGACUUGUUGUUAGUCAUAUUCCAAGUGACAGGCGUCAGCCUCCUGCCACCGCUGGGAAUCGCCAUUGCGGUCAUCAUCACCUUCUACUGCUACCGCGUUCACCGGCAGCAGAAGCUGAGCCCGUCCUGGGAGACCAGCAAGCCACGGAAGCUCAUGGAGUUCAGCGAGCACCUUGCCAUCAUUCUGGAAGACGACCGCUCCGACAUCAGCUCUACGUGUGCCAACAAUAUCAACCACAACACAGAGCUGCUGCCCAUUGAGCUGGACACCCUGGUGGGGAAAGGUCGCUUUGCUGAGGUCUACAAGGCCAAGCUGAAGCAGAACACUUCAGAGCAGUUCGAGACCGUGGCAGUCAAGAUCUUUCCUUAUGAGGAGUACGCCUCCUGGAAGACAGAGAAGGACAUUUUUUCAGACAUCAACCUGAAGCAUGAGAACAUACUCCAGUUCCUGACAGCUGAGGAGCGAAAGACAGAACUGGGAAAGCAAUAUUGGCUGAUCACCGCUUUCCAUGCCAAGGGCAACCUACAGGAAUACCUUACACGGCAUGUCAUCAGCUGGGAGGACCUGCGCAAGCUAGGCAGCUCCCUAGCCCGGGGCAUUGCUCACCUGCACAGUGACCACACCCUGUGCGGGAGGCCCAAGAUGCCCAUUGUGCACAGGGACCUCAAGAGCUCCAACAUCCUCGUGAAGAAUGACCUGACCUGCUGCCUGUGUGACUUUGGGCUUUCCCUGCGUUUGGACCCGACCCUGUCUGUGGAUGACCUGGCCAACAGUGGGCAGGUGGGAACUGCAAGAUACAUGGCCCCAGAAGUCCUGGAGUCCAGGAUGAAUUUGGAGAAUGUUGAGUCCUUCAAGCAGACAGAUGUCUACUCCAUGGCUCUGGUGCUCUGGGAAAUGACAUCUCGCUGUAACGCAGUGGGAGAAGUGAAAGAUUAUGAGCCUCCAUUUGGUUCCAAGGUGCGGGAGCAUCCCUGUGUCGAAAGCAUGAAGGACAAUGUCUUGAGAGAUCGAGGACGACCAGAAAUUCCCAGCUCCUGGCUCAACCACCAGGGCAUCCAGAUGGUGUGUGAGACUCUGACCGAAUGCUGGGACCACGACCCGGAGGCCCGUCUCACGGCCCAGUGCGUGGCGGAACGCUUCAGCGAGCUGGAGCACAUGGACAGACUCUCGGGGAGGAGCUGCUCCGAGGAGAAGAUUCCCGAAGACGGCUCGCUGAACACUACCAAAUAGCUCUUCCGGGGCAGGCCGGGCCAAGUCCAAAGAGGCUGCCCCUGUUGCCAAAGUACAGAGGCAGCAGGAAGCUGCCCCUGAACGAUGCUUCCUGGAAAACCAGGGGGUCACUCCCCUCCCUGUAAGCUGUGGGGCUGAGCAGAAAUAGCAGCAGCAGGGAGUGGGUGACAUGAAGCAUUCUAUGCCUUUGACGUUGUCAUAGGAUAAGCUGUGUUAGCACUUCCUCAGGAAAUGAGAUUGAUUUUUACAAUAGCCAAUAACAUUUGCACUUUAUUAAUGCUUGUAUAUAAAUAUGGAAUAGCUAUGUUUUAUAUAUAUCUAUAUAUGUCUAUAUCUAUAUAUACAGCCAUACUCUGGAAAGAGACAAAGAGAAAGAUCAAAUAUUCCCAGGAAGUUGGUUUGAUUGGAGAGCUCCAGAGCCAAGCGCAGAGGGAAGGGAUCCAUGCUGGCAUUAGCGCUUGACAAUCACCCGUGUGAUGGUUCUCUGACUACACGACGGAGGACUUAGCAUUGGGAGGGAGGCUCCGUGCCUCAGAGCCUGCUAUGGUCCCCUUGCACUCAGUUUUGCAAAAUGAUAAUUCCAUGCACGUGGAUCCUCUUCUGGCCACGGAGCUAAUUAUGGUCGCACUGUCUGGGGACCAGAUCCUGGGGUUCCUGUGUGCCAUUGUUUCUCCUGGACUUUUCUCUUGAGCUUCAAGCCUCAUCAUUGGUUUGUGACCCAUCUUCCUCAGCUAGCUCAGAAACUCCGUCCUAUCUCUAAUAGCUUAAAAGUUUUGAGCCUCAUUUUUUACCUUCACAGGCUGCAGAAAAAUCAGAAGGACAAACUUCCCCACCCAUGAAAUUGCCACACCUUCUACUAAUAAGAGAUUGUCCUUUUUUUAAAAAAGAAUUUCUCCCCACAUCUAUGUUACUGUUCUCCACUCCCAGCCCUUCUUCUUUUCCUAAAAGGGAGCAAAUUUCCCUUCUGGGGUUCAUGGUGUUUAAUUUUUCCUCAUGUUUGGUUUGAGUCUCUAGCUUUCUAUGCAAACACCAGUAGGUUCUAUCCUUCUGGGCUCCUGAGCGCUCAAGUAUAUUUUGGCCUGGUGGAAAGGAUUUGAGCUGCACAACACUGCCACGGUCAGGACUGUUUCCUCGGGCACUCUGAACAUGUAUUUUGCUUGGCCAGCACAGCAUUUCACAAAAUUGAGCCACUUUUUAAAUAUUUGGAGGUUUUGCAAAAAAAAAUCUGGAUCCCCAAGUGAGAAUAGAUAGCAGAUGGUUUCCACUUCUCCCCGGUCUGCAUCAUUCACAAAAUGAAGGUGUGGACACUUUGACAAAGCUGCUUCACUUCUCACUGUAAACAUUUGCAUUUUCUGCCCACCUCCAGCCCAGUCUGGGAAUUCCACAUACCCCUAACCAGGGUCCCUUGUAAGAAAUGUGCAUUCAAUCAGUCAUUCUCUGGCUACAUAUGAUUUUGAUUCCCUCCCUCUACCCGUUAAGAUUUGAAUUUGGCCUGUAAGGGACCUCCUCUAAAUGGUCCCAGUUAACUCAAGUCUCUUUUGCUUGUAUAUUAAGAGCUUUCUCCUCUGCACUGGGGAAGGGAGCCCUUUACUCCAAGAAGCUUUCAUAACGGUUACUGGUCUCUCCAUCAUACCAGCCUUCCCAGCCGUUGCAGAAUUUGCUAGUGAGGACUUGAAUGUGGGACACAAAUCCCAUUUGCAAUUAGGAAAUCUGUGUCCACAUGGACAAAAACAAAGAAUGAGCUUUAAUACUCCAUAGGAAACUUGUUAAUCCACAAACAAGUGUUAAUGCUGCAAAUAAUCUCUUUUUAAAAAAUGUUUUGGAAGCUACUUAUUUUCAGCCAAAUAGGAAUAUUAGAGAGGGACUGGCAGUGAGCAGAUCAGCUGUGUUUGGAUUUUGGAAGGCCUCAUCUCAUUGGGGUUAAGCAGACAUGCUGACGUUUAGGAUUGGGUGUAACUUUGAGGCGCCCUGCUCAGUGGGAGUGGGCUGAGGGACUUAAGGACAUUUUGGCUGCAAUACCAUGGAAGGGCCCAGAAAUUCUGUGCACCUUAGGGCUCGUUGAUGCCAUCCCAAUAGCUGUUGCUCAUUGACCUCUAGUGGUGAAUUUCUAGAAUACUGGUCCAUUAAUGGGAUCUUCCAAGAUUCAAAAGAGCUUUAUCACUCAUGGGUCAUCAUCAGUAUAAACUGGAAUGUUGUGUCAGAUGAUACUGUGGCUUGUUUUGUUUUUGUUUUUUCUUAUUCAAGAAAAAGACCAAGGAAUAACAUUCUGUAGUUCCUAAAAAUACUGACUUUUUUUUACUACUAUACAUAAAGGGAAAGUUUUAUUCUUUUAUGGAACACUUCCACAGUACUCAUGUAUUAAAAUAGGAAUGUGAAUGCUAUAUACUCUUUUUAUAUCAAAUGUCUCAAGCACUAAUUUUCAUUCUAUGCAUCGUUUGUCUUUUAUAUAAAUAAAAUGUUUAUUAGAUUGAAUAAAGCAAAAAUACUCA